GUGCCAUAGUGAAAACCCUUCGCCAGAAUGGAAACGCUUCUUUGGCUUUACAGCUUGUUAGUAAGUUGGAGGAAGCUUUGGGACAUCACAAUGAAACUGAAUUCCAAGACCUAUACAAGCCAAGGAACCGACGAUCAGCAGAGGAACCACACACGAAAGAAAACAACCACUUAAGGAAGAAGAGAAUGUUGGUACAUGCUUUAGGUAAUGCAGGUCAUCCCACUUCUGUCCAACAUAUCGUGUCUUACAUGGAAGCUGAUAAAGCCACACCGUCACUGAGGAGAGCUGCCGCUUAUGCCCUCAGACAUUUUUCUUGCAAUAAGAGCGCCGACGCUUUACUGGAGUCUGCCGUUAACGAUCCAGAAAAUAUAGUGAAACAGGCAGCAUAUGAAGUUUAUUCUUCUCAUCCUGCUGGAAAGUCUUUCACAUACGAACAAGAAAAUAUCAUUCUAGCGGCCCGGUACUCCUAUCCUGUUGUUACACGAGUCAGACGAGGGACCUUUGCAGACAUCCUGAAAGCUCUGAGCUUUGAACUUGUCCUCCCAAAGGUUGACUGGAGGAAGGUCAUCGGAAGUAAUAAGAUCGGGGCAUCGUUUGGAAUCAUUAUGGAGAACUACAUCAAACUCAAAUUAGCCCCGUUUAGUGGUUUAUUCGACUUAAAAGUCCACGACGAAGCUUGGGCCACUGCAAAUUUGGGAUUAAUCAAUCAAUUUAUAGACAUCUUCAGAGUUAAAGUCUGCUACCAAAUAAACUUUCACUACGACUUAAAUAUUUUAAAGGAUUUUGGCAUCGACAGCAUUCAGCAUUUAGCCUCGGCCUUUGACAGACUGUAUCACAAGAUUGUGGACCCAAUAAAGGAAGCAGUAGAUCUGAUUAGUGACCUUAUUGACAUGGGAAGGAAUCAUAUCUUAGAAAAGAUGAUCACAGACCUUGUACAACUUCUAAAGGAUUUACCUUCAGUGAUAAAAGAGAUGGCGGAAAACAUAUGGAAAUCACUGAAGAAAAUAAACAACUUUGAUGGUAACCCUCUAGUCGACCGUGUCAAAAAGUUAAUCAAUCGUAUCAAAGUGUUCAUCGAUGACGUCAAAGGUGACAUAUUGGGAUUUUAUCAUAGUGUGGCCGAUGCUAUCACUGUCUCCUUACCUUUUGUCGGCAAGGAAAUAAAGGAGGGGUUUGAGCUUAUCGGGGAUUCCUGGAAAUUCUGGGAAAACCCUAUUGCGUCAUUUCAUGGCAUGGAGAACGCACUUCUGAAGUUUAAACUAGCUGUUGUAACUUUCGUAGAAGCAAAAGAGAGAGUAAUGGAUUCCUUAAACGUUUUUAAAGGGGGGCUUCCAUACUGGUUUCAUCCCAUUGAAGAAGUUAAAGGAAUGAUGAAUGAUGUGAUGGACAUAAUGGGUCUAAUCAAUGACCAGAUAUUCCACUACAAAACAGAUCCAGCUGCAAAUUUCUCCGAGGCGGACAUUACGGAUGGUCUUAUGAUGUGUGAAAACAAAAAGAACAUCCAUGAUCUGGUAAAGGAUGCUGUUAUGCCGGUUGUAAAUCAAACACUCGGUAGAGUUAGAGAGAUUGCUAAACCUUUCUGGGACAAAGUGACGGAAGUAAUUGAUCUUUUCAAGAGAAUCAAAAGUUCUUAUGACUUCGUGAGAGAGGCCAUUAACAAAGGAAAAUUCUUCAUUCAAAAAAUCUUCGGAGCCAAGUUUCACAGAAAGUUUCCAAAAACUCCAGGCCCUUGUGACCCUUCAUGUGCCUGUGGUGAAUAUAAGAAGAAAAAUAAUGGAAGAAUGGGGUUAGAUUUGAUGAUAGACUCCAAGAGUAAAAUGGACGUUCACAAUCCUAUGACUGGUCUGGUGUCUUGGUACGGCGACACCGAGGUUCUCAUUAAUCCUCACAGAGUAGACGUCAACAUGUAUGAAAUAAUUGUGUCAAACCUAGAACAAGUCAGCCUAAAACUUCCUCGCAAUAGGAAGAAAAAAUUCUUCCUUGGCGGUCAUAAAAUUGGAAGAGUUGUUGAUAAUCUUGAUAAAUGCGAGUUUAACUAUAUUACUGUAUACAUGAGAAAGAGGGUGGAGAAUUCUACAGGCAUGACAGAAGAUGAUUAUGAAUACAUCGAUCCGUCAAAAUAUAUAAAGAAGAAAAAACCCAAAUCGUUUUGGAAACCAGUGUGCAAGGAAGCUUUCUAUCAUUACAUUGGACAUGUGGCAGACGAUCUGGACAUGGGAGAUGAACCCGAAGAAGACGAAACGGAGACAACAAGAGAGGUCGACAGCAAGAAAAUCAAGGGACCAAAAUUCUUGCAUCGUCAUCAUGUGGGAAAGCGGUCCUUGGAAAUACAGUAUACAAGGAUACGUAAUAAAAGAGCUGUAGAAUGUAACGACGAAAACGAAAAAUCCUUCAAAUGUAAACUUAAAAAGUUCGGUACCAAACUUGGAGAAAUGAGGGAAUCACUAAUAGAGAAGACGAAAGGAGCCAUCAUGCCAGGUUUUGACAUUUUUGACAUUUCAAUUUCGGAAAUUCAGUCACUUCAAAUCAACAGGACUCUAAUGAUGCAGCUAAACAAUAGUAUUUUAUCACUGAGUAAAGCAAUGAAAGAAGCGCCGAUUGAAUAUCCGGACAGUCUACCGAUCCACAGAAUAAAACACAAACUGCGUGAAGCUGGAGCUGACUAUCAUGAUAUAGCCAGUGCAGACAGGUUAACACUUGUAGAUAAUCUCCUCACAAAGCCUUUAGAAGAAUGCCCAUCUUUCCUGGAUGCCGUUGCUUUGGAGUAUGGGCACAUGUGUGAUGCCCACAAAGAUUGCCUGGGGCUGACUUGUGGAGCGGUGUUUAAAGAGGGAUAUCAGAGACACCUUAUCAAGUUUACUGUUCGCUGGAAUCCAUGUAGAAAAAAGUUUGAAGUAUCAUUCGACGGAAUGAAGCAACUAACUCGUGUAUCAAUAAACGAAACAAAGGAGCUUUCUCAUGGACUAAAUGGCGAGACAAGGAAAGACAUAGCCUUUCUGAUGUCUGCGACUGCUCGGAAUCUGAACAAUGGGAAGGCUUAUUUCUUCAACAUGUCAGGAUCACUGUGUAUCUCUGACUAUUUUUCAUGCUACGCUGACGUAAACAUUUUAUCCAAUUUACAGGUGCACAAAGUCUCAACUGAUCACUGCGAAGGACAAGGCGACUAUGACCCAUAUAUCGCAAGAAUCCGUGCUUUAAACCUACAGGAUCUUAUUGAAGAAACCUCUGAGUUUGGUCUAGAUAUUCAUUCACUAUUAAUUCUAGUGAAUAAGCUGAGAGAGGAAAUAAUUAAGGAGAUAAUGAGCAGACGUCAGAGCGUCACUGAUGCUGUGGAGAACGCUUUUCCAGCCGCGAUGGAUCUCCGAAUGAGCAAGUUUAUCCCUCUUGGUCACAUAGAUAUCACAAUCUUUGAAAUCAACUUUCUGUUUAUGGUUGGACCAAUUCCACUCCAUUUAUCCUUUGGAGCUGGAGCAAAUAUUGGAGCGGAUUUAGAAAUUUCAUUGGCUUUAAUGAGUCUGCAAGCCAACGGUACUGUUAUUCCUCGCAUCGGGGCAAUCGUUUGGGGUGAACUUAACGUGGAUAUAGGUAUUGCUUAUGGAGGAAUUCGGCUAGAGGGACACUUGGUCCAAACAUCUUUUCCAAUUUCUAUUUCACUGACAUUUUCCAAGUUCCCUAUCGCUACAGCAUUCAAGCUUGAUUUGGUACUUGUACCUCUUGAAUUGAGACUUAAAGCACACGCAAAACUUAGACUUCUCUUUGUGUCUGUAACUGUGUUUGAUGCAUGCAUAUGGCGAUACAAAAUGGACACAAUAAGGAAGAACUUAAUAACGACAGAGCACAAGAAAAAGGAUGAUUCUCCACCAAAUAUAUCACAUGUUUCUCAAAAUACGAGACGCAAGCGCAGUGGUGAAGGUGGAUGUGACAUUACUCAGUUUAAAAACAGAGACCCUACCGAUCCUGCUUUUCUUCUGGAAGUUAGUGCUGAUGACGAGGUUAGUGAUGUCACUCUCACUUAUGCAAUCGGAACACACAGAGGUGGGUCAAAUGUUGUUAAUUGGACAGGAAUGAAAGGUUCCUCUUUGACAGCACCUGUUACUUUACCCAAUGGUAUUCCUCUGUAUUGGACAGUAAAAGCUAUAAACAGCAAUGGAGGCACUGCAGUUGUUGAGUGCUCUUUAGAUACCUAUGAUAACACCAUACCUGAUGGACGAAUCGAAGCGUCAUACCCAUUUACCAGUCAUCCAAGCAAACUCUCAGGAACAGUAAUUGUCUUUGAUGAUUCCCAACUUAUUGAAACACAUUCCCAUAGUGUUGGAUUUUCUCAAGGGGAGUUUGGAAAUGAAGUUGUAAACUGGGAUCUUCUUCUCCUUCACUCCACUCAUAAAAGGGAAGGAUCAACGGACAAACAUCUUCAAUAUUUCACAGUGCCAAGGGAAGGAAAAUUAACUUCAAUGUUUAUGAGAAGAAUAAAAGUUAGUUCUGCUGAUGAAUGCGCCGAAAAUUGUAUCAACUAUGGGGAAAAAUGCAUUUCGUUUGACUUUGAAUUUCAUACAGAAACAUGUGACCUCCAGUCUGUCAUUGAGGGACCAAAUGCUGAACUGAGAAUAAGUGGAACGUACAAGAACUACGAAAGAUUAGGGCUUGGAUAUGAUGCAUUUGUGUCGUACAACAUAUCUCUUCAACAUGGAAUGAAAUACUUCAUAAAUGCGGAAGUGACAAAUGAUUUGGGAUAUAAGGCAUUCAUUACAUCCAAAGGGACUAUGGUCGACUACACACCACCUGAACCUGUAAAUGUUGGAAAUACCACAAAAGACUACAUGACAGUCGAUGCUUGCAAUGCUGCAAUAACACAAAGAUGUGUUGAUGUUACCCCCAGGCCUAACAACAGACGUAUCAUAGACGGUUUAAACGCAAGUACAGUAUUUAAUGGACACGAGUCUUUGAAAGAGACAUUAUACACUCUCACCAAUCAUUUUGUAUCAGCCAAUUUUGACAGUUUUCUGGAUAAAGAGAGUGGGAUUUUCGGUUACACAUGGGCAGUUGGAAGACAUAUUUGUGGAACGGAUAUUUCACCUUUUGCUGACCCCCAUGCUCACUUAUCCAGUCCGAAGUUUUGGACUAAUACCGGGUAUGCUAGAGACGUACAUCUGUCUGAUGGUCAGUAUUAUGUCACUGUUCAGGCAUUGAACAAUGUUGUACAUGGUGGAUCACUUGUUACAACGGUUUGUCAUUCCGUUCCACUAACCGUGGAUACAUCACCUCCAGAAUUUAAAGGCUUGACAGACAUCAUAUUUGAUGAAGAUUUUAACUUAAUGGCGAUCUAUUUUGGUGCGGAAGAUAAAUUAUCGAAGAUUGCAAGAGUAGACUUUGGACUGGGAAAAACAAAGCAUGACGUGGAAGUAAGAGGAUAUUCGAAAUUUGACUACAAACAGACAGAAAACCCAUAUAUUGUCAUUAAAGAUUUGAAUUUAACGGAUGGAGAACCUGCUUGGAUUCGCUUACGUGCUGUAAACAACGUGGAACUUUUUACUGCUGGUCACAGCGACGAUCCAAUCUUAAUUGAUAGAACAAAGCCAAACCCAGGUAAAGUUUUGGAUGGAUCAACCCUUGAUGAGGAUGAAGCAUACCAGUCAAAGACUGAUGAGAUAUGUGCAAGCUGGAAAGGAUUUUAUGAUCCCGAAUCAGGAAUCAGCCAAUACACUUGGGGAGUUGGAACUGAAGCCGGAAAAGAUGAUAUCGUUAGUUUUAUUGUUCUGUCUCGUGAUGUCAAAGAAAAAUGUUCUAAAGCAAAUUUGACCCAUAACACGGAAUACUUUAGCACAGUUGUGGCCAAAAAUAGUGCGCUAAAUCCAAAGACUACAAAAUCCUCAUCUGAUGGAGUGAAAAUAGAUACAACAUUACCCGUUACUGGAUACGUAAAUGAUGGAGAUAACCCGGCAGUAGAUAUCGAGUUUUCUUCAGAAACUGCAGAGUUUGCUGUUAACUGGGGUGGAUUCAAAGAUCCAGAGAGUGAAAUUGCUGCGUAUGUUAUUCAUGUGUUUGUCAACGGAGAGAAAAGACGAUCGUUUGUAGCAGGACUUUCAACAACAUUUAAAGACUUUUCAAUGUCCUUUCUACAAGGAGAUCAUGUUAAAAGUCAAGUAACUGCCAGAAACAGGGCUGGAUUGGAAUCAUCGAUUACAUCAUCUGGAUUCAUAGUAGACCUUUCUCCGCCUGUCAUUCAGUUCAUUUAUUCUGCUAAAGAUGGGAGAAAGUACCAAACUGAUAAUUCAAGCUUAUCACUUUCUUGGUUGUUUAUUGAUCCUGAAUCUGGUAUAAAAAUGUAUAGGUAUACCAUAUAUGAUUUCUAUCAAGGAACGAAAACACGUAAGACAGAAGAAGUUGCAACAAAUAUGACAUCUGUACAUUUGGCUCUACAGAUGUUAAAAGGUCAUAGAUAUUCUGUCAAGGUUAUUGCAGUAAAUAAUGCAGAUAUGCCGAUCUCCCAAGAAUCUGAGGGCGUCAUGAUAGACACAUCACCUCCAAAUAUACGCGAGGUUCACAUUGGUUUGAUAAAUGUGCCAGAGGAUACUCUUGACAAUGGCACGGUGAUGCAUGCUGACGAAAAGCGGGUGACUAUCAGUUUUCGAGCAUUGGACACUGAAAGUGGCAUCUCCAAAAUUUUUGUUGCACUUGUGGAUGACGGAAAAAGAGCAAACCUCAGUGAUUAUCAAUCAUUUGUUUUUUCCUCAACAAUAGAUAUUGAAAAUCUGAAUUUAAAACCCUCGAAUGUGUAUCGACUUUUUGUCAUUGUUGAGAAUGGUGCCGGCAUAAAUUCGACCUUGAAUAACGAGAAAACAAUCUAUAUCAUGAAGAAAAAUGUUCCAGGAGUAGUGUUUGACGGUCGACAACUACUGAUUGAUGAGGAUUUCACCAAAGACAGGACAUCUUUAGCAAUGUCUUUCGUGGGAUUUGAAAGCGAAAGUUGUAACAUUGUACAAUACGAAUGGGCCAUAGGUUAUCAACCAUUUGUGUAUGAUGUUCUCCCUUUCACUGAUUAUGGUAUUGUCAUGCAUAAUGAAAGUUUUGGUCAAGGUCAAAUGCAUCUUCGUUUAUACGAAGACUCUACAUAUUACAUUACCGUUCGGGCAAGAACAGGUUAUAAUUGUAAGGUUGGACAAUAUAUUGUUUCAACCUCUGACGGAAUAAAAUUGGACACAACGCCUCCAGAGAUAAAGAUUACAGAGUUUGGGGGAAAAAGCAUUGCUUCCGCACUGAUAGGAGGAACUCUUUAUCUGGAUCGAACUGAUGCAGUGUCAUUCCGUUGGAAUUCUUCGGACUCCUCAGGAAUAGCAAAAUGUUGGUGGUCUAUGGGAUCAUUGCCUGGGAAGGAUGAUCUACAUAAGAAAAAACUCACCACCAUUAAUUUUAUUCCGGCUGGGGCAACCACUUUCUCAAACGGUCAAACUUUUUAUCUCAAUAUUGGCGUCAUCGACAAUGCCGGGAACGGAAAGAUUGUUACGUCACCAGCCAUUACUAUUGACACUACAGCUCCAGUCAUCAAAGAUUACCAUUGCACCCCAUUUAUAUCGGAGAGAAGAUCUCUGGUAGAAUGUCAGUGGGACAUGGUACAGGAUCAAGAAAGUAUGAUCACAAAAAUAUUUGUUGGUGUAGGCAAGAAUGAAACAACCCCUGAUAUCUCUGAAUUUCACGAAGUUCCCAUGCUGAAACGAAACUGGAUUCGAGAUAUGCACACAAAACUUAAAAACAAUCCCGUUCCUAGAAUCUAUAUAAUCAUAAAGAUAAUAAACGGUGUUGAUAUGACAACUGUUACACCAUAUGAAAUUAGUGUGGACAGAACACCUCCCGAGAAAGGCAUAGUCGAAAUUAUUACCACACUUGACCGGGAUCAGCCACAAAUCCGGCAGUUGUGUCAGAUUCCUCAAACAUUUAUCGAAGUAAGAACUUUUGGUUGGGUCGACAAGGAAUCGGAGUUACAGAGGUAUGAGGUUGCUGUAGGAACAGACGGAAAAACAACAAACAUUAAAGAUUUCAUAAAAAUUGAAAAUCCAGAAAAGUUUCUAAUCAACAAUAUUUUUAUGCCGGAAGGAAGCAAAGUCUACGUCACAGUGCGAUCUUUCAACAAAGCAGGAUUAUAUGGACAGAUGAGAUCAGAUCCAGUCGUAAUUAGUUCGCAGCCCUCUCUCAGGGUAGUCGAUGGGCCUUCAGAUGAUGAUACUGAUUUCCAAUCUUCGUUAGGUGUUCUUCAAGGACGAUGGUUAUAUUCUGAUCCAUGUGAAAUAAUCAGCGCCGAAUGGUCAGUAGAAAUGCUGGAUGGCUCGAUAUUUAAACCACCGUCUUUAAUCCCAAAGGGUUUGACUCAUUUUUAUUCUGAUGUAGUCACUCUUCAAAAUGGAAUCACAUAUAUAAACGUUGUCAAAACAACUGAUGCUUUAAAUAGAACGAGAACCAGUAGAUCUAAUGGAGUGGCGGUUAAAAUACAGCCACCUGUCCCAGGUGAUGUUCGAGACGGGGUUCAGGAGGACAUAAACUACCAAGAGUCAGUAACGUCUCUGAGUGCAAACUGGGAUGCGUUUGGCAAAAGUUUGAAUACCAGAGACCCGACUCAGCAAAUCGUGUAUUACGAAGUGGCCAUAGGAAACGACAGGCGGUUUCCAAAUACCAGAACAAACAUUCAUUAUUUUGAAAAUGUAGGAUUAAACACAACAUAUACCUUUACUGGGCUAAACCUUACCGCCAAAAUUGUAAAGUAUUACAUUACUGUUCGUGCAAUGAGUCGUGCCGGGAGUACACAGGAAAGUUAUUCCAACGGAAUUCGUGUAGGGUAUAGAAAUGAAAUAAUUCCAGGGGAAAUUGAAUAUUCAAAAAUACAGUCCUCUACUUCUGAUCUUGCCGUUUCUUGGACUGGCUUCCAGGCUGACUUGGGCAUAGACUAUUUUCGCAUCGGGUUAAGUUCAUUUCCCCCUAAUUUACCAAACGAAACACUUAAUUGUGUAAAAUUUAAUAACAUAUUACCAGAGCUUGAUCAGGUUCCAGUUUUUAAAGUUCAAAGAGAUACUUUUUUCCAGUUCAAGAAUCUUCAUUUGAAUCAUAAUCACACAUAUUUUGUUGUUGUCGUGGCAACCGAUGUUACUGGGCGUUGCGUUGGCGUGUAUGGCGAUCCUGUUCUCAUAGACACUACCCCUCCAAAACCUGGAAGUAUUUUUGUCCAAGGCAGCAAAGGCGAUAAUGUCCUUUACUCAACAGCCCCUGAUCACUUUGUUCUUGAGUGGGAUCCUUUCAAAGACGAGGAAAGCAAAGUUAAACAAUACGAAAUAUCAAUCUUUAGCACGUAUGCUUGCUCUGAUAAAGAGGCCAUAAAUGCGGAAACGUCUGAUUUGUAUACUCUUGUAAAAGAAGAUCGUGUUGAAAAUGAUAACAAAAUUGUUUUUUAUGACUUGCAACUUAAAGCAGGAGCAUCAUACAUAGGGCGCGUAAAAGCUUGGAAUGAAGCUGGCUUGGAAGCUACAAUUAUUUCAAAGCAUAUUCGAUUCGAUUUUUCAUCUCCCAUUCCAGGGGCAUUGAAAAAAGGAAAGAACUGGUUUAAAGAACUGUCAUUUCAACCAUUUACAAGUCACGUAGGCGGACUAAUUGCAAUCUCGAACCCAGCCGAUAGUGUCUCCUUUAGAUGCGAAUCUCAGGAAGUUUUGAUUCCUUUAACAAGUAAAAAUGAACCAUUUUCUAUAUUAGACAAAGAGUUUUCUCCUAAGUGCAUUGAAAUUAAUGAAAAAUAUUUGAAAUUGAUAAUUCGCCAUGACGAUAAUUUGAAAACUGUUAUCAAGGGAGGAGUUUUAGUGGAUAGCAAAAACUUGCGAAAUGGUAACUACACAGUGAACAUUAAAUCUGUUUAUGGCUUUAAUAUGGUGUCUACUUUAUUCUUUGGUUCGGACAUAAACUCAGUUGUAUCCGAUUUCGAAUAUACACCAGAAAAGAAAGUAAACUCGUCUUUCAAAGAAUUGAAUGAUAAAUCCGAUUCCAUGAGUAAAAACAUUACAGAUUCUGUUGAUAACGAGGAUUUAACAAUGACAACAGCGAGUAUGCAUUAUGACAGGUCGGAUACAACUCGAAACUCUCACAACCAUGAAGGAUAUGUAAAUCAUGAAAAUACAACGGAUAGAUCUAAUAGAAAUUCCAUUAAAAUGGGAAAGGAAGGAGAAUAUAGCUUCGGUGUACAUCUUCCGGGAUAUCAGUUUGAAGAUAAUUGGGUUGCUUUCUUUUGGAUAAAGGACAAAUAUAGAUCGGAAGUAAAACAAGUUGUUCUUGAAUAUAACCCAACUACAUCAGGAACGGAGUUUUCUUUCAGCACAACAAAAACUGAACUGGCCACACACACAACAUGGGGCUUACGAUUUUUUAUUAAUGGGGUAUUGAAAGGGGAGUACAAUGGGUUGACAUUUUCAAGUGGAGGAAUAAUGGGCUUUUACAAUUGGAAUAAGGAUAAUUACUUUCCUCCAAUUUCAGAUCCCGACUCUCCUGUUGCGUACAAAUCAGUAGCUGUUAUUUCUGACCUUAAAAUUCCUCUACAAAGAGAAAAACCAUGUAUGCAUGGCUUACCCUUUUCAGACACCGAAAGUGGAAUAAAGGAAAUUUUUAUUGGUCUUUCGGAUUCCAAGAGUACCAAUAACACUGCGUCAAUUUCCCCGUUCUCCAAGUUUAAAACUUUUUGUAAGCCCUGUAGUUCCAGUUGCAACAUUGAUUGUGAUCCGUUAUGUAAAAUUAAUCAAGCAGAUUUUAAUAUUUUACCGUUUACCAUAAGCAAUGUAAGUCUGAAACAUGCAACCAUUGAUAAAACAGAUAUAAAAUCCAAUGGAUCUAGCUUUCAUGCUCCGACCUAUUACAUCAAUGUGAAAGUAAUAAAUUAUGCAGGACUGGAAACUGUUGUUUCUUCGGAUGCUGUUAUGGUGGAUAUAUCUCCGCCUGUUCUUGAUUUUGUUCGUUGCCUCGAUCCUGCGGAUUCAAUGGACGCUCCUUCACUUUUCCAGGGGACAAAUAAAAGUAUGGCUGCAUACUGGGAUGGCUCUGAAGACGUUGGAGAUAUCGUGGCAUAUAAUAUAUCUAUCGGAACAACACCAGGUGGAGAAGACAUAUACAAUAAAACAGGGGUUGGUUUAGCAACGAAGAUUAAAAUUGAUGAUUUAGAUGGUAAACUUUAUCAUGAUCAUACUUACUUCAUCACAGUAACAGCUAUUAACUCUGCCGAUUUAACGGCAUCAAAAACAUGUAACAUCACGGUAGAAACCAAAGCCCCUGAUAUCAGUGGUCUAAAGGUUAAACUUCUGUUGGGUAAAUCAGGAAGUCAUGGUCGCUUCACUACCGAAAAUAGUAGAGAACUUGGAAUUACAUGGAUAGGUGGAAAGGCUGAUGUAGAAUUUUAUGAGUGGCAAGUUGGCUCUACACAAGGGGGAGACGACGUAUUUCCACGGGUAAAGAUAGGCUUGAGAGAUUCCACGAAAGCUGCAAUUCAGAAUGGAGAGCUGCGUAUCGAUGACAAAUCAUUAAAUGCAAGCGUGGGCGAAUAUGCGAAACGGAACUGGACAGAGGAAACACUGAAAGAAGCUAAAGCAAACCAUUUCUUUAAUAUGGAGCCAGGACUUUGCCUCUAUAUUACCUUGUUUGCUGUAGGGAGGUCGCACUUAUCAAGUUCAAGACAAAUUGAGCCAUUUUGUAUAAAACGCAACAUAGACAGAGAAUUUACAGCACACAAAAGACGCAGAACUUCAAAUCAAGUUCAUAUAGGAAGAAAUCUUGAAAUCAGUCCAAACGGUGGUGUUCUGAGUGGAAUUCUUAAAGAGACAGCUUAUACUGAAGAAUAUGGAUCUGCUGCGUCUGAAAGCUACAUUAGAUACAUUGUGAACCCCACGGAAAGAUUUUCUGAUACAUCUCGGUUUCUGAGAAAUAGAAUCAUUUCCAACAUAGGACCCUCUUUUUAUAUUACUCCCACAGAGGAAUCAGUGGACGUAAUUACAAAAGUUGGCAUUAACUCCUCCGAUUUUGAUGUAAAUAUGAACAUUCCUGAUCUUGCAUAUUGGGAUAAAGAAAUGCAAAAGUGGAUCUCUGUUGAGGAAAAGUGUAAGAGCUCAAGCAUCUCUAACAGUAUUCUUCAAACAACGGUGUGUUCUGCAGUGUUCCAAACAGAACCAAGAAGAAACAAAAGAAGUGCAGGCAAUGGAAAAUUAGGAAGCCACCCUCGAAUGUUUACAGUGAUGAAAAUCAAAAGAGAUGCACAAAAUAACAGGCCAAUCAUAACCACAAACGGUCCUUUGCAUUACCAGGAAGAUAAUAUAACUAAUUCAAAAGUUCUGAUAGAAUCCUAUGACAUUGAGAAUGACAGUUUGAAUUAUUCUAUAGAAAAAAGCCCAAGCAAUGGUCGAGCUAAUAUAUCUUCAGACGGUUGGUUUAUAUAUGUUCCGAACAAAGAUUUUAGUGGAAAUGACUCAGUGAAAAUAUGUGUAACUGAAGUAAAUGUCUCAUCACCGUUUGUAGCAACAAAGUCCUGCAAGUCCUUUGACAUUGAUAUCGCUCCAACAAAUGAUGAUCCAACGAUUGAAUUCCAUCCUCAAUUUCCUUUUCCAUUCAAUUCCAGUGGAGAUAUUCAUACAAUUGUUUUUGAAAGCAAUGUCACAAGAGAGAAUAUAUAUGGAAUCAUAACUGCCGAAGACAUUGACAAAAACAAUAAUUUAACCAUCAGAUUAAUAAACAGCUCUACAAACCAACUGUCUUCAUUCAAAUUGACGAAAUCUGGGUCCAACCACAUACAAAAUUCUAUCUCAAGUUCUCAUGUUGAGAUGUAUCUCAGUCACCAUUUGAAUAAAGAAUUUAGUGGCCUCAGUGAAGUUAAAAUCAGAGCUCAUGACGACCAGCUUGAUUUUCGAAACAUGUAUGGUUACAGUCGAGAAAUUACUAUCCAAGUGUUUGUUUUGAAAAAUCCGUGUGUUCAUGGUAGAUGCAUAAACAGAACAGGAAUUAUCUGCGCUGAUACAUCGCGGGCAUAUAGUUUCGAUCUUUUUGCUUGCGAUUGUAGCUCAGGCUACACGGGAGAGUGGUGUGAAACUGACAUUAAUGAAUGUUACCCGAAUCCCUGUUCUGUCUUUUACGACUGCAAAAACCUAAUUGGUCGGUAUGACUGCGUCUUGAAUGGCCCUAAAACCUUUGGACUAGCAAUAGGAUUCCUUUUUAUUAUUGGUUUCCCAGUUAUGCUGUUCUGGAGACAUCUGAAAAAGCGACGGCCCAGUAGCAAAGUGUCUGACAGCAUGUUUUUGCCACCAUCAAAUAAAAGACUUGUUCGACGAACUAGAUACAGCCCAAAGUUUUCAGCUUCUAAAAGCGACAUACCGACGACCUCAAACGAUGAAACUUGGAGAAAAUCAUUCCCCUUUGAGAGCGAGGAACAGAGGAUGUCGGCUAUGAAUUCAUUAGCUGAACACAAUGCCAAUUUAAGAAAGAACAAUACACCAUUGAUGACAGAAACUGCAUUCAAGAAAUGGGCCAUGCCUCGGAAAAAAGUAUUUACGGGCAGUCACAAAAUCAAGCGAGAUGGUGUUUCUUCAUCCGAAUCUGGAAUUCCAGAACCACCACACAGAGUUGCAACCCCAAGCGGCAUCACUGACAUGUUUUCCGUCGAAUAAUUGUAACCGACAUGAAGAAAAAACUCAAUCUUUACUUUCUUUCUUUAAAUCAAAAAUGAC